AUGUAUUCGUCUUCAAAUUCUUUCAUGGGCGGUGCCAACAGUGCCCGACCUGGCGUUGGAGGUUAUGGACAGCAGCAACAAUUUGGCUCCUUUAAUCAAGCUCCUCAACAACAGCAACAGCAACCCUCUCCUUUUGCUCCCCAACCUACCGGAUUUCCCGGUCAGCUACAAUCCCAGCAAACAGGCUUCCCUGGGUUUGCUCAGCAGCCCAGCUAUCAGGCUCCUGCUCAGCAACCUCAAUAUACUGGGUACCCAGCCCAGAACCACGCCCAACAGGCACCGCCAUUCCAGCAGCAGCCAUCAUUUCAGUCAAUUCCUCAACCGCCACCACAACAGCAGCCUCCCCCUCCUGCCCCUCUCCGUCCUCAGCAGACCUCUUCGCAGAUUGCGCAAUCCUUCUCCACAGGUCCAUCGAGUGCGCCUGCACUUCCAGACAGGAGCCGAAGCAAGAGCGUGAGCAAGAUUCCCAACAUUCGCCUGUCCUUCAUCACGGCCACCGACCAAGCCAAGUUCGAGCAGCUUUUUAAAUCGGCUGUCGGGGACAGUCAGGCAAUCAGUGGAGAAAAAGCGAGGGAUCUUCUUUUGCGCUCCAAACUCCCGGGGAGCGCCUUAUCGCAGAUAUGGAUUUUGUCAGAUACUACAAAGUCAGGCCAACUCCUUUUCCCGGAGUUUGCAUUGGCCAUGUACCUCUGCAAUUUGAAAUUGACCGGAGCCUCUUUGCCAUCGGUUCUACCCGAGAAGAUCAAGAAUGAGGUAUCGAGCAUGGUGGAUAUCAUCUCUUUUGGUGUUCCAGAUGAUCGAACACCAGCACCUCCAUCGCGCACAAACAUUCCGAAUUUUGAUGCUCCAUUGAGGGAGAAUGCCGUGUCUCCUCCAGCUCCUCAGGCCCCUCAACCACAGCAAGCUUCAAACCAGCAGUUGCUGUCACAGCUUACGUCUCAACCGACAGGAUUCUACAACCAGGCAACAGGAUUUCAGCCUGGUCCUCAAGCGCAGAACUUUCCUGGGCAACAAACUAUGCAACCUCAACCUCCUGGGUUUAUAAAUAAUCCCAUUCCGUCUGCCUACAAUGGUCCUCGUCCACCUCUUCCUCCUAUGCCCACCGGUUUUGGCAAUGGUAUGUCACCUCAACAGACAGGACUAUCAUCGCUUCAAUCACAACCAACAGGUAUUCCAGGCCAGUGGGGAUUUGUCAACGCUCCAGCUACUGGCUUGCCCAACAUUGAAGCCCUUCAACAAAGACUCAUGCCACAAGCCGGUCGUGAGGGAGGGUUCACCACCCAAGGCCUUUCUGGCAGUGCCAAGAUCCCUUGGGCUGUCACGAAGGACGAGAAAAGGAUCUAUGAUCAAUUGUUCAAGGCGUGGGAUGGCCUUGGUAAAGGAUUCAUCACUGGCGAUGUGGCUAUUGAAAUUAUGGGUCAGAGUGGACUAGACAGGUCUGAUUUGGAGUCUAUUUGGACAUUGUCCGAUCCCAACAAUAAGGGGCGACUCAAUAUGGAUGAGUUCUCCGUGGCAAUGCACUUGAUCUAUCGCAAACUCAAUGGAUAUCCAGUUCCUGCUCGACUACCCCCCGAAUUGAUUCCACCAUCCACGAGAAAUUUCAGCACUUCUAUCGAUACUGUGAAGUCUUUACUUUCUCAGGAUGCUGAAGCCAGAAAAUCUUCGGGUGCUUUCCUCCAACCGCAAAGAACAGGUGUCAGCUACCUGAAGGACCACUCAUUUCGCGGUGGUGCAAAUUCACCUGGCUUUGGCCGUAAGGAUGCCACUGUCUUUCGAAAUAAUGAUGAUGAUAUUGGAUAUCGGUCUAGUGCCAGACGUAGGCUCGGAGCUGGAGGAAGAACGCCUUCACCUGCUCCAUCGUCAGAAGUAUCUGACAGCACAUAUGAUGACCUGAGCCCCGACCAAAUCCGAAAGAAAAUUCGAGAGAAGAAGAUUCUACUUGAUGCGACAGAUUUCCAAGACGAACGAGCAGCCGAUGAUGAAGAUGUUCUAGAUCGCAGAGAUCGCAGGGAAGCAGAGGACCUUUUCCGACAGAUUCGUCGUCUUCAAGAUGACAUUGAUACCCAUCCCAAUGCCGGGUUCGGUGGCUCGGAUACGGGCGCAGAACGUAGAUCACUCCGCAGAGAGCUGCAGCGUUAUCAGGAUCGCCUGCCAGCAUUGGCAUCGGACGUUAGAAAGAUUGAAAAAAGUAUUGCCGAGGCUAGGAUGCAAUUGUUCCGCCUGAAAGAUGCUAAGGCUCAUCCUAACAGCGCAUCAAACAUCGUCGGCACUGGUCCAGGAGGGUCUGUUACAGAAGCUGAUCGUAUCAAAGCUAGAGCACGGGCUAGAAUGCAAGCUCGAGCCGCAGAGCUGGCUGGACGACCUGCUCCUGCUGCUGAUGACGAAGCGGGCGCACAACGACGUGUUGAGCAAGAAAAUUCAAAAAUUCGUUCUGAACAAGAACGCAAUGAAGGCAUGACUCGGGACGUUGAAGACAGUGUCAAAGAUUUUGUUUCCAGCCUUGAGGAUGGACUUCGCGAGCAGGGAGGAAAUGCCACCCAGGACCACGAAAGAAGACGAUGGGAGGAAGCCUUGGGAGUCGAAGAUGAAGUGAAAGAACUCAUUUACGAUCUUCAGAGAAGCAGCCGUACGGCCAAGGUCCGCAAGGAUGAGCAAUCGCGUCCAACACAACGAGUGCAGACAGACUAUCAAAGGGAAGAAACUCAACCUGCAAAUGGUCAUGCCGAUCUCCCUUCCCGGCCAGCACCAGUGUCAACACCAUCCUCUUCCUCACCGGCUGGACAAUCCCAACAAGAUCGUAUUGCAUCUGCAAAGGAAAAGGCUCUCAAACGUAUUCAGGACAGAAUGGCAGCGGCUGGUAUUAAGCCUGCUGGAGACUCUGGCGAAACCCUUCAACAACGACAAGAACGAGAGAAGCAGGAACGAGCUGAUCGCGUUCGCAAGGCUGAAGAAGAAGAUGCAAAACGCGAACAAGAAAGACAGCAGCGACUGGCUAAUGAAGGUGUCACCCCUCCCAGUCCAAAAACAAGCAAGAAGCCACCGCCGCCACCUGUUCGUAAGAAUCGACAAGACAGUUCUGAUUUCUCAGAUCGCAAGUCUGCAGAUGCGUCAGCACGCGCCAAGGCUGAAGAGCAAGCCGCUCGAUCGAACGCCGAGCAGGAAGCCGCGGCUCAGAUCAAAUCCGAGCAGCAAGCAGAGGCUGAGAAACGUAGAAAACUCGAAUCUGAAGCCAAGGCUCAGGAGGAAGAUCUCGAUAAGGAGCGUGAAGCUGCUCAAGCCCGUCUCCGAGCCCUUGAGGAGCAAGUGAAGGCUGGUAAGGUCAAGAAGGCGGAGGAGAAAGCUCGCAAAAAGGCUGCAGAAAAAGAAGCAAAGGAAAAAGAGACUAAGCUUGCAGCCCAGCGUGCCGAGCUUGAAGCAGCAAGAGAAAAGGAGCGACUACUUCAACUCCAGCUUGAAAAUCUUGGUGAUGACUCGUCGUCCGAUGAUGAUGAUAGCCCCGAACAGAUCACCCCUCAGGAGAGUACACCAGCGACAAGUCAAGUGCUCACAAGCAGUGUCUCGUCUCCGCCACAAGCACCACCGGUGCCAUCGACCAGUGGCGGCUACGAGCACACUCCAGUUGCAAGCCCGCCUGCCGAGGAAUCGAGGAAUCCCUACUUCAAGAAACUUUCCCAAUCUUCCGAAGCUGGUCGUCCUGCAUUCUCUCCACCACCAGUGCCUCAAACUCAACCGUUUUCGCCUCCACCAGCCCCAGCCGCUGACCUGUCGUCGACAAAUCCGUUCUACAGAAUUGCGCAACAGGAUGCCCCUAAACCCUUGACUCCGAGUCUGACAGGCGCACAGUCGCGUCGACGACCCGAGGAGGAUGAAUGGUCUGCUGCGGGUUCGGAUAAGGAUGAUUCGAGUGACGAUGAAGACGAACCCCCUGCUGGCGGAUCGGCGAAACAGCUCGCUUCUCUCCUCUUUGGCACAAUGGCGCCUCCACGACCAUUGUCUGCCAUGGAUAGCAAGCCAGGAACCCCAGUACAAGAUGCUCCACCAGUCCCAGGUGCUUUUGAUUCUGCUCCUCCACCUCCGCCAUUACCAGGGUUUGGUGCACCUUCAGCCCCCCCACCACCACCCCCACCAGUUCCAAGCUCAGGUGCUCCAAGUGCUCCUCCUCCACCUCCACCACCGCCUCCUGGAGCCGGAUUUGGUGCUCCGUCGGGUGCGCCACCGCCACCUCCAAUGCCAGUGUCAGCUGGUGCCGGUGGUGCUCCUGAUCUUGGAGCACUUCUAGGACAAAUCCAAGCCGGUAAAGGAUUGCGCAAGACUGAGACUAAAGAUCGAAGCACAUCAUCUGUUGCCGGUCGGGUGUUGAACUGA